UGCAAACAGGGAAGCAUUGCACCUCUCUGAGCUUGGAGGGAAAUCAUCGGACUUUGUGACACUCUGUAACUCUGGCGACAUAAUGGAGGCUUACCUGGAUAAAGCCCGGAAAGACGCAGUCACUGGUGGACGAAAAGCGCUGUUCCAAGACGUGCGUGUACGACCAGGCAGAUGGUGUUAGCUGAUUGGCCCCGCCCACCGUCAGCCGUCCGGCCCUGUCAGGUCGUGUUUGCCUGCUCUUCAGGUAGGGGGCGGGACCACCCCGCCGAGUAGGCGUGAUGCCCGUGGAGGGUGGAAGCAGCGGCGGCUCAGCCUCGGCUGCUCGUCACCCCAAACAAAAGCGCAAGGCUCACAGCCUGUCCAUUCGACGCACAAACAGCACCGAGGAGAGGCCGCCUGGCAGCCAGAGAGCAGACAUGCUGGAGGGACAGGACUCUAAGCUGCCCCCCUCCCUGCGUAACAAUCUUCUGGAUCUUUUUGGCCAGAUUGAACGGGAGUUUGAAAACCUGUACAUGGAAAACACCGAACUACGGCGGGAAAUUGAAUCCCUCAACGAACGUCUGAGCGGCGACGGCCAGAACGUGGAGGGAGGAGAUGCGUCCAAGGGAGCCCUGAAGACUAAAGCCAGCCACAGCACCAGCCAGCUGUCACAGAAGCUGAAGACCACCUACAAAGCCUCCACCAGCAAGAUCGUGUCCAGCUUCAAGGCCACCACAGGGUCCAGGGCAUUGUGUCAGCUCCAGAAGGAGUACGUCGCCCACCGGGAUGGAAUCUGGGACCUGAGUGUGACCAGAACUCAGCCCGUGGUUCUGGGAACGGCAUCAGCAGACCAUUCGGCCCUGCUUUGGAGCAUAGAAACCGGGAAGUGUCUGCUCAAGUACGGAGGCCAUGCGGGAUCAGUCAACUCCAUCAAGUUCCAUCCCACGGAGCAGAUGGCCCUCACAGCCUCCGGGGACCAGACGGCUCACAUCUGGCGCUACAUGGUGCAGCUACCCGCCCCCCAGCCCCCGCCAGAUGCGCCGUGCGAGGACGAGCAGGAUUCCUCAGACAGAGAAGAGGCCGAGGCGGACGGCGAGGGCCCGUGCGAGGUCCCCACGGUCCGGGUCGCUACGGCGACGCUGAAAAGCCACCAGGGUGUUGUCAUCGCAGCCGAUUGGUUGGUGGGCGGCCGGCAGGCGGUGACGGCUUCCUGGGAUCGUGCUGCCAACCUCUAUGAGGUGGAGACGUCUGAACUGGUGCACACGCUCACCGGCCACGACCAGGAACUCACCCACUGCUGCACCCACCCCACCCAGCGCCUGGUCGUCACCUCAUCCAGGGACACCACCUUCCGGCUGUGGGACUUCAGAGAUCCGUCCAUACACUCCGUCAACGUCUUCCAGGGACACACGGACACGGUGACGUCGGCAGUGUUCACGGUGGGGGAUAACGUGGUUUCGGGCAGUGAUGAUCGCACGGUGAAGGUGUGGGAUCUGAAGAACAUGAGGUCGCCCAUAGCAACCAUCCGCACAGACUCCGCUGUCAACAGGAUAAGCGUCUCCACCAACCAGAGGAUCAUCGCCCUGCCUCACGACAAUCGCCAAGUGCGCCUGUUUGACAUGAGCGGCGUGCGGCUGGCCCGACUGCCUCGCAGCAACAGGAUGGGCCACAGGCGCAUGGUGUGCUGCACCGCGUGGAACGAGGAGAACCAAACGUGCAACCUCUUCACCUGCGGCUUCGACCGACAGGCCAUCGGAUGGAACAUCAACAUCGCCGCCCUGCUGCAGGACAAAUGAAGCCUGGCCAACACAUGCAUGCACGCGUCCCUCCGAGUAGUCCAGGUAGAACCAUGAAAACAUAACAUGCCGAUGACACGGCAGCACAUAGAACCAUGAAAACAUAACAAGCCGAUGACACGGCAGCACAUAGAAACAUAAAAACAUAACAUGCCGAUGACACGGCAGCACAUAGAAACAUAACAUGUGAGCGUGACGCAGCACAGGUACUGUAAGAGUUAGGCGGUUGUGGUAUGAGGAGGUGUAUUUCAGAGGGGCGCUUGGGGGGGGGGUCCUUUGUCUGUGAAAGGACCUCAUGAGGACCUCAUGAGGACCUGCUCCUCCUCUUCCUUCUCAUCAUUCCCCACACGCUGACGUCAAUACUUUCCAUGCAAGUUGCCUUGUUCCGUGUCUUGUCUUGACGCUGCCUUCAAGUACUGUACGCCUUUAAGAAGGGUUCAUGUUAGGGAUUAUUAUCAUUAUGAUUAUUAUUAUUAUGGAAGGAACCUUUUGCUGUUGUUCCAUCCUCUGGUUUCUGCUUGUAUAGAAACACUGAAGGUUAGCAAGUAUUGAUCACAGCUAGCUGUAGAUGUGUGUGGUUGUGAAGUCAAAUACUGUAUUGCCGUGCAUUAGAGGAAGCUAGCGGCCGUACGUUCCUGCUAACGAAGUUUGUGUGUUGGGCUGCACGCUGCAGACGGGGCGUUGAUUUCUUCUCCUGUGGAAAAAAGACUUUUGGCCCCCAUCUGAAUCCCGCCCGGGAGGGACGAUGAUGGAAUCUAACAGAUGGAAUGCUGGGAAGCUCAGAAAGCUUGACCAUGGCAGGUGGUAUUCACCUGCGGCUUUUGUUACCUGAUCUUCUCUGAUCAUUUAUUGUGCUCUUCCACACCUUCCAAUAAAAAUGUCAUUUCCUUUCCA